AUGCCGUCAACAAGGGCGAGUCGCUGCGUCCUCAAGCGUUUCAGAAGCUUUUGGGCUUACGCGGGUUAUCGGGCUGAACGCGCGCUCGAAGCCCGCGCGUUUGUACCGCUCGGAUGUCAGUUUGAACCCAGCGGGCGGUUAAAGCGCACGUCCAGCUGGAAAACCCAGCCGCGCCAAGUUUAUUCUCUUCGUCGCACGCUG